AGAUAUUUUGUUAUUUCACAGGAACUUGUAUGAUUCCACAUUAUCCUUUUCCAGUUCUUCACAAAUAUUUCGAAUUUAAACAUGGUUUUUUCUCUAUCUGUUGCACCUCCAUUAUCAUUCAAGAAUCCAAAAGUUUCGAAAUUCAGUAGAAAAUCACUGAACCCAAUCACAUCAAUGGCUAAAGAAAUUCACUUCAAUCAUGAUGGUUCAACCACAACCAAGCUCCUGGCAGGCGUGAACAUGGUGGCAGAGCUGAUUGGAGUUACUUUGGGUCCAAGAGGUAGGAAUGUCGUGUUGCAGAACAAGUAUGGUCCCCCCAAGAUUGUUAAUGAUGGUGAAACUGUUCUCAAAGAGAUUCAACUAGAGGACCCUCUUGAGAAUGUUGGUGUGAAACUAGUGAGACAAGCUGGAGCAAAAACAAAUGAUCUAGCUGGCGAUGGGUCCACCACUUCCAUCAUCCUUGCCCAUGGCCUCAUUGCUGAAGGUGUAAAGGUUAUUGCAGCAGGCAUGAAUCCUAUACAGAUAUCACGUGGGAUUCAAAAAACAUCAGAAGCCCUUGUUUCAGAGCUCAAGUUAAUGUCUAGAGAGGUUGAGGAUCAUGAGCUUUCAGAUGUUGCCACCAUAAGUGCAGGAAAUGAUGUUGAAGUUGGAAGCAUGAUUUCUGAAGCUAUUAAAAGAGUAGGAAGAAAGGGGAUUAUCACUAUUGAGAAAGGGAAUUUUGCUGAAAACAAUUUACAGAUUGUAGAGGGGAUGCAAUUUGAUCGAGGUUAUUUAUCUAAAUAUUUUUCUGAUCGAAGAACCAUGAAAGUAGAAUUUCAAGAUUGCAAGUUGCUUUUGGUUGACAAAAUAAUUACAAAUCCAAAGGAGGUGUAUAAAGUAUUGGACAUUGCAGUUAAAAAAGACAAUCCAAUUGUGAUAAUUGCUGAAGGAAUUGAGAAGGAAGCUUUAGCUCCAAUAAUUAGGAACAAACUCAAGGGAAUAAUAAAAGCUGCAGCUGUUAAAGCUCCUGCCUUUGGUCAACGCAAGAGCCAUUACUUAGAUGACAUUGCUAUCUUGACUGGAGGGACUGUGAUUAGGGAGGAUUCAGGGUUGACCCUUGAAAGAGUCAAAGAGGAAAUGUUUGGAAAUGCAAGUAAAGUGGUUAUAACCAAAGAUUCCACAUUAAUAGUUAUUGAUGGAAGCACUCAAGAAGAUGUGAAAAAAAGGGUAACUCAAAUCCAAAACCUUGUUGAGAACACCGAAGAAAAUUUUGAAAAGAAAAUUCUUAAAGAACGGAUAGCAAGAUUGUCGGGAGGGAUUGCGAUUAUUAAGGUUGGAGCUCAAACACAAGUUGAAUUGAAGGAUAAACAACUGAGAAUGGAAGAUGCUGUAAAUGCAACUAAGGCUGCUAUUGAAGAAGGAGUUGUAGUUGGUGGUGGUUGUUGUCUUUUGAGGCUAUCAUUGAAAGUUAAUCAAAUCAAAAAACUUUUGGAUAAUGAAGAGCAAAAGAUAGGAGCCGAUAUAUUCAAAAAAGCAUUGGAAUAUCCAGCAAGGCAAAUAGCCAAAAAUGCUGGUGUGAAUGGUAGUGUUGUUAUUGAGAAGGUUUUGUCGAAUGAUGAUAUGAGGUACGGGUACAACGCUGCAAGCAACAAGUACGAAGAUCUAAUGGCGGCGGGUAUUAUAGAUCCAACAAAGGUGGUGAGAUGUUGUAUAGAGCAUGCAGCAUCGGUUGCAAAGACAUUUUUGACUUCUGACGCCGUUGUGAUUGACAUGGAUGGACCCGUGCCCGAAGGAAUGAGACCAUCGAAGGAAUCGCCAAAGCCGAUGCCGAUGCCGAUUUCGGCCUCGGAUAACUCAAUUCCGACCCGUAGACGAAAUAGAAGCGAAAUGAAGCUUAGACUGUAGAUAAGAAAAUCGAGCAGAAAUAGGUACAUAACAAACAUGUAGAGUGUGAGACAAAAUAAUGUAUCA